AUGUAUAGAUCUGGGGCGGUGAUGGCAUGGAAUGUAUUCAAAUUUUGUACGGCCUUGAGGGGCUUGGGUUCGAUCAUGAUAUUACUAGUCCUCGGCGUCGUUGGGGUGACGUAUUACGCCGUCGUAAUUACCAAUUAUGGCCCGGGCCUCACCGCUGGUGGGCUUGAUUCGCUUAUCGCUUUUGUCGUCCUGAUCUUGUUCCACUUCCUGCUGGCAAUGCUACUAUGGAGUUAUUUUUCUGUGGUUUUUACGGACCCCGGUAGCGUGCCGCCAAAUUGGAGGACAACAUUGGAUGAAGAAAGAGGGGACACUGACCCGUUGACCUCAGUGGAAUUUCCAGUGGACUCUGAGAAUGGAAGAAUUCGAAUUUGUAGAAAGUGCAACAACUUAAAACCACCUCGGUGCCACCAUUGUUCUGUUUGUGGAAGGUGCGUGCUGAAAAUGGACCAUCAUUGUGUGUGGGUUGUCAAUUGUGUUGGAGCCUUGAACUACAAGUAUUUCCUUCUCUUCCUGGUCUACACAUUCCUUGAGACUACUCUUGUGACGUUAUCAUUACUGCCACAUUUUAUUGCCUUCUUUAGUGAUAAAGAGAUACCUGGGACUCCAGGGACCCUGGCAACUACCUUUCUUGCCUUUGUAUUGAACUUGGCAUUUGCUUUGAGCGUUAUGGGAUUUCUGAUAAUGCACAUAUCACUGGUGGCUGCCAAUACCACAACCAUUGAGGCAUAUGAGAAGAAGACUAGUCCAAAGUGGCGUUAUGAUCUUGGGCGGAAAAGAAACUUUGAACAGGUGUUUGGAAUGGACAAGAUUUACUGGUUUAUUCCAGCUUACUCAGAAGAAGAUUUACGGCGGAUACCUGCCCUUCAGGGUCUUGAAUAUCCUUCAAAGCCUGACUUGGAUGCCCAAGAAUUCUGA